AUGGAUCAGAAUCCCACGCAACCCAGCUUCGGGUCAUCCCUUCGUCUUCCCACAUUCUCGUUUGAGGAUACCGAGCCUGGCCAGUCAUCUUUAUUACCCCUCAGCCCAUCAUCCCACUCCGGAUGUCUUGGUCAAUCUGAAAUCACCGACCUGGCAGUGAGUGGCGACUCGCUGUCCAACCUUUUAGAUUUCCAAGGUACAUCUCACAUCACAAUCAUCUCUUACCUUACCGAAGGAGCUCGACCGGUGCAGGUGGAAGGUAGAUGGAAGUUGAAUUUACACCCAGUAGGCAGCGUCAAGCGGUUCACUUCCAUGAGUGCUAACGAGUCAGCCGAGAAACAAAUGUUGAUAAAAGAAUUCAGCGAAGAAUUCGAUCAAACAAUGAAGAAAGAGUUGCAAGAAGGAAAGUUUUACGACACCAUAGACGACGAGCAUAUAGGUCAGAGUCUACGAUCUCAUUAUUGUUCACUUGAACAGUUUAGCAAAAGGACAGACGAUUGUGAAAAAGCUAUACAAGGUAUAGUUGACAAGACUGUUGAGAGUCUCCAGGAUGAUCUCUGCCCGGAAGGACAACUACCUUUCACCAUAGAAUACGUAGAUGGGAAUACGUUCUCUCAGCUGUAUCCUGCGGCUGCCUCUGAGCUCAAUAUCAUGGACAGGGCAUUGUAUGAGAGAGUGCUUCCUCGUCUCAUUCAGGAAGCUGGUUUGUCAUCAAAAACUCCUACGGCCAUGACAGCUUCCCCCAGAGCUCAUUCAGGAGUGGGGGAUUCGGUCAAGACACAGUCUCACCCAUCUACAAGCAGAUUCUCAUCCUUAUUCAGAAAAGUGAAAGACAGCAAACCACUUGACAAGAUGAAGAAAAAAUUCCGUGAAAGAUCAUCUUGA